AUGUCCUUUUUAACAGAAUAUUUCGAUGAAUAUCGACAACAUCCUAUAAGGAAAACACAAAUGUGUCGCCCGGAAAACCGUUGGGCACAACUCGAAGGCAAGUGGUUGGACCCUAAAGUAGGAUCAGAAGAUAAAGCAUGGUCCGAGGAAGAGAUAGAGAAAUUCAUAAAGGACACUAUGAGGAGUCUUCGCGGCCAAUCGACAUACUUCAACGACUAUUGCGCACAUCUUUCACAAGAAUUCAAAACACGCCCAUUCAAACCACGCGAGAAAAAGCGUCCACGCAAGACAGAAGAGAAAGUUGAAGAGGCUCCACCACCGCCGGCUCCGAAGCUCAACAUCAAAGACACGGAGCUGAUGAAAGUUGCCAAGGAAUUAUAUGAGAGGGAUAUGAAUAAACCCACCCUCGAACCUUUAAGGACAAAUUUCAGAAUUCUUGGGUAUGUGCGUCCAUGUCUAUACAAGACCGGUAUAUCAGAAUACCAGAAUAGUACAGCAAGAGUUGCCUAUGAAAUGAUUAGGGAUGAUAGGAUACCACGGUACCACGCCCAUAAUGGGUGUCGGCCUAGAUGGGGUCUCCCACCAGAAGGUACCAGGCAGCCAGAGUUGGACGGAGCUCCUUUUGAUGGGGAACGAUUAUAUUAA